AUGACUGAAUGUAAAGUUUUAGAUAAAAUUAAACUUGCACCCAAUUCACCUGGUUAUCACGAUUGGUCAAAUCCACCACCUGCAACAACAUAUACUUAUCGUUUAUCUAAUGUUAUUAAUUCACAAGAUAUAAUGACAUCAAAAUCAAGUAUACGAGCUCCGUUAAUGGAAAUAAUUCAAACAAGCUCGUUCAGUUAUACGUAUGUAGUUGUUAUUUAG